AAGGCAAGCAGAACAAAUCCCAACUAAAGGGGCGCCACGCCACCAUUUUUAGAGACGUGGUAGUUCGGACGGCGGGAAUUUUGGAGACUAGUAGGCUUCGCACUUUGAAUUUUCCGACGUACUUAGCUUCAGACACCACUCCACAGUGGCCAAAAGGGCGCUAAACCCACAAAGUUCCUCAUGGCCGCCGUGCCAACUGCCGUUCUCACUUCCCCUUACCCCACAAAGCCACCGCUUCCCAUUUGUUACUCCACCAAGCUCACCACCAACCAACCCAUCUCUGCAUUUCCCUUUCUUUCAUCAAAUUCGCGCUUUCUUUCGCAUUCUCGACGCUCUAGUCAUCGUCCUAGACCAGUUCCCCUUGCAUUUCUCAAGGAGGGUUUUGUUCAAGCUAAGAAGAAAUUGGAUGAUGUUACUAGUAUGAAUUACUGGGUUGUGAGGGAUUAUUACCGUCUUGUGGACUCUGUUAAUGAUCAGGAAUCUCGGUUGCAGAGUCUCUCUGAUGAUCAGUUGAAGGCUAAGACUGAGGAGUUCAGGCGUCGGUUGGCACUAGGGGAGAGCCUAGCUGAUAUUCAGGCUGAGGCAUUUGCUGUUGUUCGCGAAGCAGCAAAAAGGACUCUUGGAAUGCGUCAUUUUGAUGUUCAGAUUAUUGGUGGAGCAGUGCUUCAUGAUGGAUCAAUUGCUGAAAUGAAAACGGGUGAAGGGAAGACGUUGGUUUCUACAUUAGCAGCAUAUCUCAAUGCCUUGACAGGAGAAGGUGUACAUGUGGUAACUGUCAACGAUUAUCUUGCUCGUCGUGAUGCUGAAUGGAUGGGCAGUGUUCAUCAUUUCCUUGGUCUAUCAGUUGGUCUCAUUCAGAAGGGAAUGAAGGCUGAGGAGAGGAGAUCCAACUAUAGAUGCGAUAUAACUUACACCAACAAUUCAGAACUUGGUUUUGAUUAUUUGCGGGACAACCUUGCUGGAACUAGUGGAGAGCUUGUGAUGAGAUGGCCAAAGCCAUUUCAUUUUGCAAUUGUUGAUGAGGUCGAUUCUGUUCUUAUUGAUGAAGGCAGAAACCCUUUACUGAUAAGUGGGCAGGCCAAUGAAGAUGCUGCCCGAUACCCUGUUGCUGCCAAAGUAGCGGAUUUCCUUGUGCGGGGUAUUCAUUAUAAUGUAGAGCUCAAGGAUAAUUCGGUGGAACUGACAGAGGAAGGUAUUUCACUGGCUGAGCUGGCUCUUGAAACCAACGAUCUGUGGGAUGAAAAUGAUCCAUGGGCCAGAUUUGUUAUAAAUGGUUUGAAGGCCAAAGAAUUUUAUCGACAAGACGUUCAGUACAUAGUCAGGAAUGGCAAGGCUCUUAUAAUCAAUGAGUUGACAGGUAGAGUUGAAGAAAAAAGGAGAUGGUCUGAGGGAAUUCAUCAAGCUGUAGAAGCAAAGGAAGGUUUAAAGAUACAGGCUGAUUCCGUUGUUGUUGCACAAAUCACGUACCAGUCACUAUUUAAACUGUACCCAAAAUUAUCAGGGAUGACUGGAACUGCAAAAACUGAAGAAAAGGAGUUCCUCAAAAUGUUCCAUGUGCCUGUUAUCGAAAUCCCGACGAAUCUUCCUAAUAUUCGAAAAGAUUUGCCCAUCCAGGCUUUUGCUACUGCACGUGGAAAAUGGGAGCAUGUCAGCGGGGAGGUUGAAUCUAUGUUCAUGUUGGGGCGGCCAGUCCUUGUUGGCACAACUAGUGUCGAGAACUCUGAACAUUUGUCUGAUCUUCUAAAGGAACGAAAUAUCCCACACAAUGUACUUAAUGCAAGACCCAAGUAUGCUGCUAGGGAAGCUGAAAUUGUUGCCCAGGCAGGGAGAAAACAUGCUAUUACCAUUUCUACAAAUAUGGCUGGCAGAGGCACAGACAUUAUUUUAGGGGGGAAUCCAAAAAUGCUUGCAAAGGGAAUAAUAGAGAAGAAACUGCUACCAAUGUUAUCACGUGAUAUUCCUGAAUUUGAUUUUGAUGGUGAAUCUACUUUACUAAAGGCAAUGUCAAAAGUGGAUAUCGGUCCGUCGACAUCAGCAUUGCUUGAGAGGGCGUCUUUGAUUGCCAAGUAUGUUGGGAAAAGUGAGGGUAAGGGCUGGACAUAUCAGCAGGUGAAGUCUAUGAUCACUGAGUCUGUCCAAAUGAGUGAGUCAGUCAACUCAAGGGAGCUACAGAGGCUUGCCGAAGAAGAGUCUGAGAUGUACCCCCUUGGUCCUACGCUGGCUCUAGCCUACCAAGCGAUUCUGAAUGAUUGUGUAUUACACAGCUUGAAUGAAGGGACUGAGGUCAAAAGGCUUGGUGGGCUUCAUGUUAUUGGAACAUCUUUGCACGAGUCUCGCAGAAUCGAUAACCAGCUUCGUGGUAGAGCUGGAAGGCAAGGAGAUCUAGGAUCAACAAGGUUCAUGAUUAGUUUGCAGGAUGAAAUAUUUCAAAAGUUCAAUUUUGACACGGCAUGGGCCGUCCAAUUGAUAUCAAGAAUCACAAACGAUGAGGAUUUACCAAUUGAAGGUGAUACCAUAGUUAAACAGCUUCUGUCCUUGCAAAUAAGUGCAGAGAAGUAUUUCUUUAACAUCCGAAAGAGCCUGGUUGAGUUUGAUGAAGUCUUGGAGGUCCAAAGAAAGCAUGUCUAUGACCUUAGGCAGUUGAUUUUAGCGGGUGAUGCUGAAAGUUGCUCACAGCAUAUAUUUCAGUACAUGCAAGCUGUGGUAGACGAAAUAAUAGUUGGUAGUGUUGAUUCUCACAAGCAUCCCCGUGAAUGGAAAUUGAGAAAUAUCUUAAAGGAGUUGGUCAAUAUUGGGGGAAAUCUGUUGAAUGAGUCCUUUGCAGAAAUCACAGAGGUUGUCCUAUUGGAGUCCCUCUCCGAAUUAGAUGCAUCAGCUCCUGUACAUUUCAAUGGCUUUAUGCCUAAAGACUUGCCAAAACCUCCAAAUGCGUUUAAAGGGAUACGAAAGAAGACUUCUUCCUUCAAGCGAUGGCUUACCAUAUGCGCUGAUGAUUCAAUUACGGAUGGAAAACACAGAGUGACCAUCAAUUUCUUGCGUCAUUACCUCGGGGAUUUCCUAAUUGCUUCAUAUUUUAAUGCCAUAGAAGAAUCAGGUUUAGACGAUACGUAUGUGAAAGAAAUCGAGAGGGCAGUACUAAUCAAGACUUUAGAUUGUUUCUGGAGGGAUCAUCUUGUCAACAUGAACAGGCUUAGUUCAGCGGUGAAUGUGAGGAGUUUUGGGCACAGAAACCCGUUGGAGGAAUACAAAAUUGAUGGUUGUAGAUUUUUCAUCUCUAUGCUCAGUGCAUCUAGAAGGUUGACUGUAGAAUCAUUAUUCCGAUAUUGGGCAUCUCCGAUGGAGUCUCAAGAAGUACUCUUGUCAUAACAAAACCCUAGAAGAUCUAUACUGCGUGUCCCUUUCUUUUUCUUUGAUUGAAGGAGCUUUAUAUAUAUAUUAUAAAUCAGUGGCUUCAGCUUAGAGGAUGAUUGAAGUUUCAUGUGUUCUUCUGGCUGAAGAGUAAGAAAUGAUGGCAAAGACAGUACAGGUGCCCCUUUUCAGGUGAUCUGAUGACUCAAGUUUUUCUGGGUUAGCCUUCAAUCCAGAUUAGGUGGAACACUCUUAAAUCAGAUCAAAUCAUCCUGCUUUCCUUGUCCCGAUCAAGUAUAGUGGCAAUCGAAAGUUACUCAAUGCUCCGAUUUUCUGUUGAGUUGACAGGAUAUCUUUGUAAAUAGAACAUACAAUAAUUAUUAUUUUUAUCAACCUAGGAUUGUGUUGGUUUGUAACUGUAAUCAUUUGAUCGAGUUCUGAAAGUAGAUUGUGUAAUUAAACUGGAUUGGCCUUUGUAUAAAGAGCUUCAGCGGCAUACAACAGCAUUUAGAAGGGCGUAAUGUUUGUGUCCAAAAAUAGUGGAGACUGUCAGAUUAGACUAGUUGUGGCAAAUAUCAAUAUAGAUGAUCUAUUUGCUUGUAUAUAAGUCCAAUGUCUUAAAAGCUCAUUUUAACCCCGAUUGCUUGCUUUA